AUGGCACGCCAUCUUUUAGCCACAAGGAAACAGAAACUAGGGGAAUCUCUAGACCAGUUCUUAAAUGAACUCAAAAUAUUAGCGAAAGACUGUGACUUUGUUGCAGUGAGUGCUGAGCAGUACCGGUCUGAAAUGAUUCGAGAUGUGUUUAUAAAUGGGCUCACUUCGAAUCAAAUACGACAAAGACUAUUAGAAAACAAAAGUGUCGACCUCAGUACAGCUUAUGAUCAAGCACGUUCCCUAGAUGUGGCGCAACAGAGUUCCUGUGUCUUUCUAAACUCUGAGGGUGCCAAAUUCAGUCCAACUGCAUCCAUUGUAGCUAAGCCAAUAAAUUCCCCAAAGCAGGGAGGAGACCCCUGUCAAUGUUGGCUUUGUGGCUAUUCCAGACACCCGCGGACUCACUGCUCUGCGCAGAAAGCAGUCUGUCACAAAUGCCCAAAAUAG